ACAGGUACAGACACGCACAGACGCGUACAUACACGCGCAGAGACACACAUACACGUACAGAAACGCAACGACACACACAGGACACGCACACACAAGCAUAAACACGUACACACAUACACAGACACGCACAGACAGGUACAGACACGCACAGAGGCGUACAGAAACGUACAGGUACGCACAGGACACGAACAAACAGGCACAGACACGUACAUACACUCACAGACACGCACAAACACAAACACGUACAGAUACGCACAUACACGUACAGACACGCACAGACGCGUACAAACAUGCACAGACACGCAACGACACACACAGGACACGUACAGACACUCACAGACACGCAACGACACACACAGGACACGCACAGACUCGCCAAGACACGCACAGACGCGUACAUACACUCACAUACACUCACAGACUCGCCAAGACACGCACAGACACAAACAAACACGUACAGACGCGUACAGACACGUACGGGUACGCACAGACACGCACAGAACACGUACAUACACUCGCCAAGGCACGCACAGACGCGUACAGACACGUACGGACACAAACAGACACGUACAGGUACGCACAGAGGCAUAUAGACACGCAACGACACACACAGGACACGUACAGACUCGCACCGGCACAUACAGACACGUACAUACACGUACAGACGCGCACAUACACGUACACACACGUGCAGACAAGUACAGACACGCGGAGACGCAGCAGCGGAAAGUGUCUGUGA